UAGCCGUUGACAAAAAGGCCAUAAUAACUGCAAACAGCUCUCCUCAAUCUGAGACUGCAAUUGAUGGUUUCAUGGCGAAGCACAUCAAUGAUAUGGCUACUGUUCCGACUUCAAGCAGAUCCGGACCCAGUGAGCAACAUAACCCUCACCAUCUAGAGAGGCCGCAAGCAACUUCAUCUUUUGAGCAGCAAUCUUCAUCUCAACAACAACAACAAUUGUCUCUACCGCAGCCAGAAGCUACUUUACCUGCUGUUAAAAAGGCAAAUACAAGCAUCAUUUCUGUGGCGAAAACAGCAAACAACGGAAAUGACGAAAUAAAGGUAAUGGAAGCAACCACUUUAUUGUUGCCUUCGCCCUCCACCACCGCAGACUUUGGUCGGCCCGGUGGACAAGGACCUACUUUGCUCUCCAAUGGAUCAACAUCAAUGGAAGAAAUCUAUCAGGGGCACUCGCAACAACAACAGCAGCAAUCCAAGACAAACAGCUUCCUUGCUCCUGUGCUUACUACGUUCUUCGGUGCUGUCACUAUAGGUUCUUGUAUCGCAUUCCUUAUUUUCCUGAAACGAAGAAAAAACAAAAAUGGAAAAGCCAAUCGUGUGUAUGUCUAUGAUAAUGAUGUUGACUCGGAAAAAACAAAGCAAAAAAGAAAGGAAGAGGAAGAGGGAAAGCAAAAAGCCUUUUUUGCUCAACCGCCAGCACCUCAAUCCAUUACGAAACCUAUCGAUAUACCCGACACGACUAUUACUACUACUGCCUUGGCUUACAAUGACAAUUCUUUGGAUGAUGAUAGACCAGCUUAUGCCAAAGCUGUAUAUGAAGCCUAUCGUGACAUAAACAAGUAUUUCGGUCAAUGCCCAUCACUGGAACCAUCUAGGCAACAACAAUCUAAAAAGAAAGAGGAAGAAGAUGUGUCGGACGUUGUUGAUAAUACUAAGGAAACUACUACUACUAUUACAGCAACUUGUAUUGUAGAAAAUAAAGAUAAUAGUGACCAAAAAGAAUUCUCUACAGAAGAUACAAUGAGUAAUACCAACCGAGCUACUAAUGACUCAUACGUCAAAGCGGAAAGGGAGGACAGCAAACUUAUUGACAUCAACAUUGUAGUGUCUACAGAUGAAAAGCACGAGACCAAUCGAUCCAGCUAUAUCGCCUUAUAUAAUGAUACGGUAGAUGUAGAUAAACCAGCAGAAGAAAACGAGAAGAUGAUUCAACUAUUACCAAUUGUUAAAAUGACUGCACAUAAACAUGAUUCUUGGCAAACGUUCAUUACUGCACAUACAACACCUAGUAUUUAUGUAGAUGCUCGUACUAGCUUUGCUGCUUCAAGCACUUUCAAUGGGAUGCAAAAUACUGAUGAGGAUACAACUGAGAGCGAUGGUACUACUGUUAGUAGUGUAAAUAGUGAGGGUAAUCGUGAUUCUUGGGUCAAAAGACUGGAAAUGGUGCUCAGUAAGAAUACCCAUGAAAGACGAGAAGCGGUCCACCAAAGAGCAUGAACAGUGAAAUUGCGCUUUUGAUCCAUCUUCCCCUCUUCUCUGCCUCUGAUAAACGUCAAAGCAAAGUUCCAUCCUUAUCAAUCUCAUGAGCUUGAUUUUUUUUCAAUAAUGCUUCGUC